AUGGGUCGGUGGACGCUCCACAACAUUUUAUUCCUCAUCCUUCUCUGCAGCGCCAACGCACAGUUGGAUUCUCUCAGAAGGUCACCAACAGUUAGUUCUGCACCAAGGUUCACUCUGCUGGCUCCAGACCUGCUGAGGACAGACAGCCAGGAGAACAUCUACCUCCAGGCAGACGGUCUGUCCACCGCCGUCACGGCCUCCAUCUCCAUCAUGGACUUUAGUAAGACCAUCUCGCUCCUGCGGGACUCUGUGACACUCAAUCCGGACAAUGGAUUCUACGCUCUCAAGACUAUACAGCUUUCCUCGAAACAUUUGAAACGCGAAGAGAAAACGAACAAGUAUGUGUAUCUGAAGGUGGACUUUGGGGUCCAUCACUCAGAGGAGAGGGUACUGAUGGUGUCCUUUCACUCUGGAUACAUCUUCAUCCAGACAGACAAACCCAUCUAUAAACCUGGAGAUAGUGUUCGAUUCAGAGCAUUCACGUCCUCUCCGUCCUUCAAGGCCUUUAACAGCACCAUCACAAUAGAUAUCCAGAAUCCUGGCGGUGUGGUGGUGAAACAGGUCCCCACGAUCAAAGCUGUUGAUGGUGUUUUUAGUGACGCUUAUCCUCUCUCUGAUGUUGCAAAUGAAGGGAAAUGGACGGUGACUGCAAAGUUUGACCACAGGCAGCAGAACACUUUCACCUCCCAGUUCGAGGUGAAGAAAUAUGUGCUUCCUGCCUUCAAUGUUACCCUGACGCCCAGGAAGUCUUUCCUAAACCUGGAUGACAAUGAACUGGUUGUAGAGAUCUCGGCCAGGUACCUGUACGGGGAGCCGGUCCAGGGGACGGCCUAUGUGGUGUUUGGAGUGAAGAUCAAUCAGGAGAUGAGAAGGUUGCCUUUUGUGAAGAAGGUGUCAGAUCUGGACGGAGGAGUUGUCACACUGAGCAUGGAGGAGAUCAAGAGAGCUUACCCCAACAUCAGGUCUUUGGUGGGCCACUCUGUGUAUGUGAAGGCCUCUGUGCUCACCAAGUCAGGCAGUGAUCUGGUUGAAGCAGAGAAGACUGGUAUUAAAAUUGUGGAGUCUCCGUACAUCGUAUCCUUCAAAGACAUACCAAAGUACUUCAAGCCGGGCCUGCCCUUGGACUUCACAAUCCAGGUGAGCCACCACGACAGUUCUCUGGCCCGAAACGUCCUGGUCAAAUUGAAGCAACUGGACGCUCCCGUGGUUGUCUCCUCCGGCAGCACCAGAGUCACCAUCAACAUGCCCGCAGAUCAACGCCCACAAACCAUCACUGCUGAGACGAUGCAGGCUGACCUGAGACCAGAGCAGCAGGCCAAACAGCAGAUCACAGUUCAGCCGUUCAUGGCCUUCAGACAGCACAAACAGAACUACCUGUACAUCUCCACAGGGACCAACAUGGUGUCUGUAGGAGACAGACUGUCGCUGAAGCUGAGCAUCAUUCAUGCAGACCCGACAUACAAGACAUUCUUCACACACGUCACCUACCUGGUGCUAAAUAAAGGCAAAAUCAUUGUUGCUGAGCGAGUCAAUGUGACGGAUCAGCAGAUCACCAGCGUCGGGCUGCCGAUCACCCCCGAGAUGACGCCUUCUUUCCGUUUUGUGGCGUUCUACAGUAUCCCCUGGAAGGAGCAGGAGGAGGUGGUGCCGGACUCCAUCUGGGUGGAUGUGGCAGAUUCCUGUGUUGGAGGGCUGACGGUCGGGCCGGUGGACGGUAUAGCUCGAGAAUACACUCCUGGGGCGACCUUAAAUUUUAAGAUUAGAGGAGAUCCGGGGGCAAAGGUCAACCUGGUGGCUGUGGACAACGCUGUGUUUCUGCUCAACAGGGACAGACUUACACAGAAAAAGAUUUGGAGCUCGAUGGAGCACGGAGACAUCGGCUGCAGCCGAGGGGGGGGCAGAAAUGCCCAGGCGGUGUUCUCAGAUGCAGGACUGCUCUACGCCUCCAGCGCCGGUUUCAAAACCGGAACUAGACAAAUCCUGAAGUGUCCAGACAGUGCCAGAAGGAGGCGCUCUGCUGCACGGUUGCAGCGUAAAGCCCAGCUGGAGAGUCAUUACAAGGAGAAGCUGCAGCGUCGCUGCUGUCAGGACGGCCUCAGGGAGAUCCUCAUGCCGUACCCCUGUACGCGACGCUCCCUCUACAUCACGGAGGGCAGGGAGUGCAUCCAGGCCUUCCUCUACUGCUGCAUCACCUACAGGGACCAAGUGUUUGACACUGAGACACCCACCACCCUUCCACUCAUGACCGGAGCUCUGUCCAGAGCGGAAGUCUCUUCGUCUGCUGUGGAAGAAGAGGAAGAAGAAUGGGAGACUAACCUUCCUCUACGAUCCAAGUUCUUCGAGUCUUGGUUGUGGACGUAUGUUGACCUGCCCGGCGAGGCCGACAGUGACGGGUUGGCGUCUAAGAACAUGAAACCCCCCUUACCUGACAGCAUCACAGAGUGGGGAAUUCUGGCCGUCAGUGCGUCACCUCAUACAGGUUUCUGUGUGGCCGAGCCGUACAACGUCAAAGCAUGGAAGCGUUUCUUUGUGGACCUGAAGCUGCCAUAUUCAGUGGCGAGGAACGAACAGGUCCAGAUCAAAGCCGUCAUCUAUAACUACGGCAACAACGAGCUGCGUGUGAGGGUGUCGCUGAUGAAGACUGAAGGCAUGUGCAGCAUUGCCUUUAAGAAAAGACACACACAGGAAGUGACGCUGGCGGCCGGCUCUUCUGUGGCGUUGCCUUACACCAUCGUACCGCUGGUGGUGGGGGAACUUCCUCUGGAGGUGAUGGUGGUAGAUAGAGACAUGAUGAUAGGAGACCGCAUCCAGAAACCUCUACGGGUGGUGAUGGACGGAGUGCAGAAGACUGAAGUUUGGAGUGCGGUGUUGAACCCGUCUGCAGAGGGAGGAACGCAGACAGUUCGUAUGAGGAGGGCCAAACUGGUGUCAGUUGUGCCGAAUACUGCGCCAAAAACAUUCAUCAACAUCAGAGGCAAUGUGCUGGCAGACAGCAUUGAUAACUCCAUCAGUGAGGACUCUCUGGCUUCCCUGAUCCGGAUGCCCGGCGGCUGUGUGGAGCAGAAUUUGGCCAGCAUCACUCUGCCGCUCAUCGCCACUCUCUACCUGGAGACAACGAGCAGCUGGGAGAGUGUGGGGGUGCAGCGCAAGGCUGAGGCUCUGCAGUACAUCAGGAGAGGCUAUGAGAAGCAGCUGGAUUUCAAAAAGAGUGAUGGCUCUUACCCCCCCUACAGGAAGGAAGGUGCAAGUACAUGGGUCACGGCGUACGUGGUGAAAGUUUUCUCCAUGGCUUACUCCAUCACCGGCAUCAACAGUCAGCAAGUGUGCGACCCUCUGCUCUACCUUGUGAAGAACAAACACAAGCUUAAUACGGGGCGCUUCGUAGAGGACAACCCAGUUUACACCACCACCAUGACUGGCGGUCUCCGUGGAGACGACCCCGAGACAACCCUGACAGCCUUCGUCCUCAUAGCGCUCGCUGAGGCCAAGCGGGCCGGAAUCCGCUGCACUGGUCCCAAUGUUGAUGUAGUUAUCAGUAAGACAGCUGAAUACCUGAAGAGUGCGCUGAUGAGCACGGGGAGGAGGCCGUACACUGUGGCCAUCGCCUCCUACGCGCUGGCUCUGCUUGGCAAAGCUCAAAACUACAACCCCACACACGCUUUACUCAGUGCUGCAGCUCCAGGUGGCAGCUCGUGGCCGGACAAUCAGAACACCUUGUUCACCUUGGAGGGGACCGGCUACGCCCUGCUGGCUCUUGUCAAGUUGGGCCGCAUGGAGGAAGCUGCGGCGCCGUUUAAAUGGCUGAACAGCCAGAGGAGGAGAGGAGGAGGCUUCGGCUCCACUCAGUCCACCAUGGUGGUGCUGCAGGCGCUGUCAGAGUACCUGAUCAACAAACCUCCUCCUGAUAGAUUCAGUCUGGACGUGGACGUCAGGUUGACGGGGCGCAGCGAGAUACGCUACCAUUUCAACCCCGAGACCGCCUACGCCACUCGUUCCUCCAAUUUGCCUCCUGAUCUUGAUCUGGAAGUGCAGGCUCAAGGGAAUGGACAGGGAAUACUGGAGGUUGUGACUCAUUACAACCAGCUGCAUGAGGUGGAGGAGAAGAGGCCCUGCAAGGACUUUGAGCUCAACGUCACUAUCGAAGAAUCCAGCGAAAAAGCUCCAGCAGAUGUAGAAAAGUCCUACCAGAUCACCAUCAAAGUGAAGGCUUUAGGACCCGAAGACGUCAGGAUGGUUGUUCUGGAUAUAAGUCUGCCCACUGGCUUCACCCCAGAAAACUCCGACCUGGAGAGGUUGUACAACUCAGUGGACCGUUACAUCAACAACUUCCAGAUUGUUGAUAACCUGAGUGACAGAGGCUCGCUGAUCAUCCACCUGUUCAAGGUGUCUCACAGAGAGCCAGAGAUCCUGAUCUUCAGGCUUCAGCAGGGCUUCAAAGUCGGCCUCCUGCAGCCUUCCUCGGUCACUGUCUAUGAGUACUACAACCCAGAUCACCGCUGCAGUCGCACCUACACCCCCAGGGAGGACAAAGAGGAGCUCACGAAGAUCUGCUUGGACAACAUCUGCCGCUGCACACAAGGUGACUGCUGCGUCCCGAAAAAAGACAGUGAAAACUUCUCCAACAAAGAAAGAGAGACGUUUGCCUGCAAGUCUUUACACCACGUUUUCCAGGUGAAGGUGCUGAGUAUCAUCCACAGUUACUACGACAAAUACGAGCUGGAGAUCACACAAGUUAUCAAACUGGGUGUGGAGGGUGGAGUUGAAGUGGGCCAGAAGAGGGUUUUCAUGUCUCACGGAGGCUGCAGAGAUGAACUCAACCUGGAGCUGGGCUCCCAGUACCUCAUCAUCGGACCCAAAGAGGACCAGUGGAACAUCGACAGUGACACCAACAGAUUCAUCUACAUGUUGGGAAAGGAUACCUGGGUGGAGCGCUGGCCUACGGUUGCAGAGUGCUCCAGCAAUCCCGGCCUGCAAACUAAAUGCAAGAGCCUCGAUGACGCUGCAAAUGAACUGUCUGUCAACGGCUGCAGGCUGUAGAGCUGCUCCUGUGACACUUUGUUGCUGCUAAUUAACUGCACACGCAGAGAUUCAAUGAUCAUUUUAGGACAUAAAAACAAGUUUCACUGUGGAACAAAAGAACAGAAAGUGGAGUUUGGUAUAUGAACAUACACAUGAGGUAAUUCUCUACUGUAAUGAUGUCAUAAGAAUUAAAUACAAUUAUAGGUCACAAUGCAAACUGUAACAUGAGCUAAAAUAAAA